AUGGUGCAUGAAGUGGCAGUCAGAGAAGCUAACGAUCGUUACUAUGCUACCUUAAUCAGGGGUGUUGUUUGCAGUGGAGGAAUUUUGGGCAUUGCAUUAUUUGUUCGAAAAACACGGAUGUUCGCAAGAUAUGAAAAUGUAUCAGAGAUACCGCUUGAGAUAUAUAAAAAGGGAAUUGAAUUGAAAGGGAUUGUUCGUGCUGUUCAUUCAAAUGGUUAUAUGAAAGUUGAGCAUAUACCAGCAUUUACGAUGCCAAAAUUUCUUACCAGAAAAAAAUCCAUCCAGCCAGGAUUGUUGAAUAUACGUCUUGCGGGUAUUGAUGUUUCGGACGCUGGUUCGGACUAUCUUGCAAAAGAUGUCCGUAUACGUAGUAGCCAAAUAUUUUUCUCUGCCAUCAAGCCAGCUGAAAACAACAACUGUAUCGAUGCUGAAGUUUUUUUGCGGAAAAAACGAUUUCUGCAGACAAAUUUAAAUGUAGAUUUGGUACGUCAAGGUUUCGCACGUGUUAUACCAUUGAAUAAUCCGGAACAUGUGGAUGCAUUGAAGACUAAUCCUUCAUAUUCAAGGCUGAUGUCGAAAUUGAUCAUGUCUGAAAAGAUUGCUGAUCGUCGAGGAUUAGGCGUAUGGACUCGUGAUACAUGGGCAGAACUUAUAUUUUCAUAUCCUGCCACACUCAGACAAAUCAUCCGUUCAGCGGCAAUAACAAGAUUUCUGAUAACAACCGCAGUUGUCGGCAAAAAAAUGUUUAUCAAUGGAUCUCGUAUAUCGAAGCAAGCAGUUAAAUUCGGCGUUUAUUUAAGCCAGAAAACAUAUAUAAUAGUGCAACAGUUAGCGGAUAUAACGUUUAGAUUAAACAGUAUGAUAAAAAGAAGGAUUAAUAAGUUUUCAGCGAAAUAA